UUUGGCAGGUUGGCGAGAGACCCUUUGCAUGUGUCGGAAAACCCCUCUUGUUAUGUGAAAGUGUGUACGCGCGUAUUCCGUGGAGCAGGGACCAUAUAACUUCCGAGGAUGGCUAUGUUGUCCUCGCCGCAUAUGUGCAAUGUAAUGACAGUUGUGUGAGAUCUUUGACUAACUGGACAUGGCCUUUUACAAUCCACACUCUCCGCGCGACCGACCACUUCCACAUAAACAAGUGUCGAGUCCAAUGCAGAAUGUGGAGCACCAGUACGCAUUGCCAAACAGUCACCGCGGAUCUAGUCCACACGGGUCGGGGGGUAUUCGCAACGGUUUCGGCGCUGCCCACCCUCCCAUGCCCCACAUUUCCCGGGGAUUUCGGGAGACUGACACACCCCACAGUCGCCACCACCGGGGCACCAGUGACUUCGACACCCGGCGGUCAGAGUAUUUGAGGAGAGGUGCCCUGUACGAGGAUCCAGACUUUCUUCCCCAGGAUGCUUCCGUGUAUUUCAGCAGGAGUCCUCCCUUCCGGAUAGAGUGGAAGCGUCCAGGGGAAAUAGCAGGGUACCACCACAUGAAGCCAAAUUUCUUCCUGGACAAUGCUUCUAGAUUUGAUGUGCAGCAAGGAGAGCUAGGUGACUGCUGGGUGGUGUCCGCCAUUGCCUGUCUGUCCAGUCCAGAUCAUCGUGAACUUUUUCGGCGGGUGGUCCCAGCUGAUCAGGGAUUCCAUGAGGGCUGGUAUGCAGGCAUAUUCCGCUUUAACUUUUGGCACUUUGGUAAAUGGGUGGAGGUGAUUGUGGAUGACAAGCUACCCACAAGUCGAGGACAACUUCUGUUUGUACACUCCAACAACCGCAAUGAGUUCUGGUCUGCUCUCCUGGAGAAGGCCUACGCUAAAUUAAAUGGGUCCUAUGAGGCUUUGAAGUCGGGCAAUGUAGGGGAUGCGCUGACUGACUUUACCGGGGGAAUCUGUGAGAGCUACAUCUUACGAGGAGCAAAGACCAACGUACCACGCAACAUUGUCAACAUCCUGUUUAAAGCCCUCGACCGCCAGAGUCUGAUUGGAUGUGGGAUCAAUCAAAUAAAGGGUGGGCCUGGAACAGAGAGUAUUCUACCCAAUGGUCUGUGUGCUGGACAUGCUUACAGCAUUACUGAUCUCCGAGAGAUAUUGCUCAUGUCUGAGGAAGGAGAAAUGCCUAUAACACUAGUUAGAGUGCGAAACCCCUGGGGUAGUCGAGUGGAGUGGAACGGACCAUGGGGAGAUAUGUCUAGAGAAUGGAACAGCAUCCCAGAACAGGACCGAGAGAAAAUGGGACUAGUGUUUAGGGAUGAUGGCGAGUUCUGGAUGGAGUUUGAAGACUUUAAACACAACUUUGAUAGCCUUGAUAUCUGUAACCUAACACCAGACUCACCUAUAGAAAUGCCUAAACAGUGGCAUACCGCCGAGUACCAGGAUACGUGGCAGAGAGGCUUCAAUGCUGGAGGGAGACCAUCACAACAAGACACCCACUGGACAAACCCCCAGUACAAGGUGGCCUUGUCUGAUAUUGACGAGGACGGUGACAAUGUUUGCAGCUUUAUUUUACAAAUGAUGCAGAAAGACAGACGCAAAAUGAAACAGAAAGGAAAGAAAAACCUGUAUAUAGGGUUUGUGAUAUAUGAGCUUCGCAAAGAAGAAGAAAUGCCUUUACCUAAGGAGUUUUUUGAGACCAAUCGCCAAGUAGAAUCAAGUGGCCAUUUUAUAGAUAGUCGACAGAUAAUUACACGUAUGACGAUGAAUCCUGGUGAAUAUGUUGUGGUGCCAUGUACAUACGAUCCUAACGAACUUGGUAGUUUUUACCUGAGAUUUUUCUUUGAAAACAAGAAUGCUGUUACCAAUAUGGAUGCCACACCAGAGAGAGUGUCUGUAACUCUACCCCCAACACCUCCUGACAGUGACAAGGAGGAGAAGUUCAAGAGAUUUUUCUACUCUGUCUCAGGGGAGGACAUGGAAAUAGAUCCGUUUGAACUGAGAGGUGUUGUGAAUGAUGCCCUCAGGAAAGAACCCUUACACAGAGACCUGUCAGUGGAUGCCUGUAAAUCGUUUGUUCUGCUUUUGGAUACAGACAACUCCGGCCAGCUAGGCUACCCAGAGUUCCAGUAUCUGUGGAAUCUCCUCAGGAGUUGGAAGAAACUGUUUUACCAAUUUGAUGCAGACCAGUCAGGAAAGCUAAGCUCAUUUGAGUUGAGGCGAGCAAUAGGAGCAGCAGGUUUCAAAAUCAAUAAUUCCACGAUGCAGUCCCUAGUGUAUCGGUAUGCUGAUGAGAGAUGUCUUGUUGGAUUGGACAGCUACCUGAUCUGUUUAGCUAAACUCAUGAAACUGUUCAAUGACUUUAAGAAAUACAGCUCAAACAACCAAAUGUCGUUAUCAAUAAAUCAGUGGUUGGAGCGGUCCCUGUCGGUAUGAUGCUGUGAUGAGAUGACAUCACUUUCUAAGUUAAUGUGAAAAAUUAUCUGUGAUAGUCUGUGUGUCUGAUACACAUGUAUGCUGCUGAAGAUUGUGUUAAAUGACAAAUUUGACUAGUGCCUGAAGGACUGGAUGCAGCAAGGGUACUUACUGCUGACAAUAAGCUGUGAGUAGUAGCUGUAGGUUCAGAAAUGUGCCCGCUGACAAUAAGCUGUGGGUAUACGUAGUACCUGAAGGGUCAGAAAUGUGCCCGCUGACAAUAAGCUGUAAGUAGUGCCUGUUGGAUGAGGAAUGUGCCCGCUGACAAUAAGCUGUGAGUAGUACCUGUUGGAUGAGGAAUGUGCCUGCUGACAAUAAGCUGUAAGUAGUGCCUGUUGGAUGAGGAAUGUGCCUGCUGACAAUAAGCUGUAAGUAGUGCCUGUUGGAUGAGGAAUGAGACUGCUGACAAUAAGCUGUAAGUAGUGCCUGUUGGAUGAGGAAUGUGCCUGCUGACAAUAAGCUGUAAGUAGUGCCUGUUGGAUGAGGAAUGUGACUGCUGACAAUAAACUAUGAGUAGUAUGAUUUGGAUGAGGAAUGUGCCCGCUGACAAUAAGCUGUGAGUAGUGCCUAUUGGAUGAGGAAUGAGACUGCUGACAAUAAGCUGUAAGUAGUGCCUGUUGGAUGAGGAAUGAGACUGCUGACAAUAAGCUGUAAGUAGUGCCUGUUGGAUGAGGAAUGAGACUGCUGACAAUAAGCUGUAAGUAGUGCCUGUUGGAUGAGGAAUGAGACUGCUGACAAUAAGCUGUGAGUAGUAUGAUUUGGAUGAUGAAUGUGCCCGCUGACAAUAAGCUGUGAGUAGUGCCUGUUGGAUGAGGAAUGUGCCUGCUGACAAUAAGUUGUGAGUAGUGCCUGUUGGAUGAGGAAUGUGCCUGCUGACAAUAAGCUGUGAGUAGUGCCUGUUGGAUGAGGAAUGAGACUGCUGACAAUAAGUUGUGAGUAGUACCUGUUGGAUAAAUCUGACUGCUGACAAUAAGUUGUUGGUGGUUUCAGUAAGUUGAGUGUGACUGCUGACAAUUAUUUGAGUAGUACGUGUACCUGUAGCAUGAAUCUGACUGCUGACAAUAAGUUGUUUGUGGUUUCAGUAAGAUGAGGAAUUUGAUUAUACUGACAAUAAGUUGUGAGUAGUACCUGUAGCAUGAUGAAUGUGACUGCUGACAAUAAGUUGUGAGUAGUAUACCUGUAUGAUAAGACUGGACUAUACUUACAAUAAGCUGUGAGUAGUGUUAUAACAGUGCAGAAUGUGACUGCUGACAAUAAGUUGUGAGUAGUACCUGUAUAUAUGAUAAGACUGGACUAUACUUACAAUAAGUUGUGAGUAGUGUUAUAACAGUGCAGAAUGUGACUGCUCACAAUAAGUUGUGAGUAUAAGUAGUACCUGUAUAUAUAUGAUAAGACUGGACUAUACUUACAAGAAGCUGUGAGUAGUGUUAUAACAGUGCAGAAUGUGACUGCUCACAAUAAGUUGUGAGUAUAAGUAGUACCUAUAUAUAUAUGAUAAGACUGGACUAUACUUACAAGAAGCUGCUAUUCAUUUUGUAGUAGUGGAUAUAAUACAAAGAGGAUGAAGCUAAACGAAAAGUCAGGAGUGGAUCAAUAACAUCAUCUGGUAUUAUUUGUCUUGACAGACAUUAACUACCUUAGAAAUAUUAUCUUUAAAGAUGAAGGGUAUUAAAAUUUGAUGUAUAGAAUGAUGUCUCGUUAUGUUUUACAUAGACCAUAUACUUUUGUUUUGAAGUAGAAAUAUGUUGAUUGGGCGAUACUCCAGAGUUUAGAUAUCUUAAAUAGAAUUGCUGUGGUGUGUUUAUUACCUUACAAAGGAAAACCACAUUAUCAUUGCAAACUAUCCAGUAAUGUUAAUUGUCAAAAAUCAAUCAUUUGGAGCCUGGCAUGGUAUUUUAGUACGAGGUUAUUUGUAUUGUUAAAGAGAAGUUGUGUACAUCUAAAUGCUAAUAGCCUAAGUACGAAGUGACCUUGUUAUUUUGGAUGACAGUAAUACACCUUAACUGUAGAUAUCUAUCAGUGUCAAACAAAUGGCCAACAUUACUGGUCUACCAUAUGCAUGUUUAGUGUGGUCAGACACAUUUACGUGUAGUUGAUGUUUUUAUGUUCAGUGGCAUUAAAUGAAAUGUAAUACAAUGUAUUUAAUGGCAACCACUGAAAUAUUUACGAAAGGAAAGGUAUACAUAGACUCCAUUGGCAAAAUUUCAGGUUUAAGUGUAUAUUGAUGUCUAUUGGCGAUAGUCCACAUUUACAUGUAGAUAUCCAUUCGCGAAAGUUCAUGUUUACAUGCAUUUAUGUAGAUAUUCAUUGGCAAAUGUCCACAGUUUACAUGAAUGAAAAUAUCUAUGGCGAAAAGUCCACGUUUACGUGUAUGUAGAUGUCCAUUGGUGACUGACCACAUUUACAUGUAUGUCGAUAUCCAUUGGCGAUAGUCCAUGUUUACAGGUAUGUAGAUAUCCAUUGGCGGUAGUCCACAUUUAUAUAUAGAUAUCCAUUGGUGAUAGUCCAUGUUUACAUGUAUGUAGAUAUCCAUUGGCGAUAGUCCACAUUUACAUGUAUAUGUAGAUAUCCAUUGGCGAUAGUCCACAUUUACGUGUAUGUAGAUAUCCAUUGGUGACUGACCACAUUUACAUGUAUAUCGAUAUCCAUUGGCGAUAGUACAUGUUUACAUGUAUGUAGAUGUCCAUUCAUUAAAGUCCACAUUUACAUGUAUGUAGAUAUCCAUUGGCGGUAGUCCACAUUUACAUGUAUGUAGAUAUCCAUUGGCUAUAGUCCCUGUUUACAUAUAUGUAGAUAUAUAUUGGCGGUAGUCCACAUUUACAUAUAUGUAGAUAUCCAUUGGCGAUAGUCCACAUUUACAUGUAUAUGUAGAUAUCCAUUGGCGAUAGUCCAAGUUUACAUGUAUGUCGAUAUCCAUUGGCUAUAGUCCCUGUUUACAUAUAUUUAGAUAUCUAUUGGCGGUAGUCCACAUUUACAGGUAUGUAGAUAUCCAUUGGCGAUAGUUCAAGUUUACAUGUAUGUAUAGAUAUCCAUUGGCUAUAUAUAGUCCCUGUUAACAUGUAGAUAUCCAUUGGCGGUAGUCCACAUUUACAUGUAUGUAGAUAUCCAUUGGCGAUAGUCCAUGUUAACAUGUAGAUAUCCAUUGGUGAUAGUCCAUGUUUACAUGUAUGUAGAUAUCCAUUGGCGAUAGUCCAUGUUUACAUGUAUGUAGAUAUCCAUUGGUGAUAGUCCAUGUUUACAUGUAUGUAGAUAUCCAUUGGCGAUAGUCCAUGUUUACAUGUAUGUAGAUAUCCAUUGGCGGUAGUCCACAUGUACAUGUAUGUAGAUGUCCAUUGGCGAAAGUCGACAUUUACAUAUAUUUAGAUGUCUAUUGAGGUUAAUCCACGUUUAAAAAUAUCUAGAUGUCCAUUGGUGAUUGUCCGCAUUUACAUGUAAAUGAUAAAUAGAUGUUCAUGGGGGGUUACAUGCAUGUAUCUGUCAAUAUAUAUAUAUAUAUAUCAUACAGUAGAUUGGAAGGUAACCAUUUCUUUUUUUAAUCUCCCCAUGGAAUGCCUAAUAUAAUCGGGAAAGCCUAAUUAUUAGGCAUUCCACGAGGAAAUUAGUACUUUUCUGGGUACCAGUGAUGUAUCUGUCAAUAUAUAUAUAUAUAUCAUACAGUAGAUUGGAAGGUAACCAUUUCUUUUUUGACUUGUUUGUUUCAAUGAUAUUUCAUUUGUUUGAUUGCCGCCAUUCCAGAGUUUGUUUCAAUGAUAUUUCAUUUGUUUGAUUGCCACCAUUCCAGAGAUUUUAACAAGCUUCACAUUUUUACAUCUCUGUAUAUUUAUUAAUAGGAAGUUAUGAUCUAACAACAAGGGCCAUAUUGUCUGAAAUUUGUCAUACUGUUUUAUCAUACAUGUACACUGUCAUAUCAGGAAGGCAUAUAAAGUGUUUGUGGCUGUCUGUUUGCAUUCCUCACAGUUCAUGUGGUAAAGAUUUACUGUUUACAGUUAGCCAUACAAUGCUACACAGAAACUUCACAAUGCUGAUGAAUUGUUUUCUUGACAUUUUUGUUGGAAAAUGUUUUGCUCUUAUUGUUUUUAAUGUGUUUUUUAUGUGUUUUUAAUUGUGUUUCAUUGUUUUUGAUGAAAUCUUUUGAAAAGAAUUUUACUCAACCAUUGCAAAUUUUUCCAUUACCUGGUAGUAUUAAAACAGAAAAUUACCAGUAUGUAUGUAUAUGUGGACAAUACAUGUCUGAAUAAAUGUUGAUGCAGUAAAAUAAAGUAAUCAUUUUGUCUUUUACUCAAUAGUUUCUUUGUUAAACCUCUUAAAUAAGUUUUAAUUUAACAAUUUUAGUAUUUAUCAAUUUAACUUUAAGAUGUAUGUUGCUGCCCGUGACUAUCUAACAAUACUGUCACCCUAGAGGUUCCAUUUAAUCACUCUAUGUACAGGUUUAACUUUAUCAGUGUAAUAUAAUUCUGUAGAUGUAUGAUCAAUUAUCCAGGAAGUAAGAUUUUAUACUGAAAUCUGGAAUAGAUAAGACCACCUGUGGAAUAUCAGAUGUUAGAACCUGAAGUGGUUUUCACCUAAUCAAACUUACAUUAUCAUAAAAUGUAACUGCAGAUGAAGUUACAGUAAGUAUUUAUGUUUUAUCCUUUUUACAAUUAUUGUACAAUUAUGUAUUAAAUGUAUUAAAAGUUUAACAAACAGCUAAUGGCUUUUUUGGGUAACUCCUUAAUUUUAAGGUAAUACAUACUUGAAUAAACACUUUUAUUAUAUUAUAAAAUUUUCAUAUUUAAUAUUCUUAAUGGAAAGAUUCUUAAUGGAAAAAUAUUUAAUGAAAGUUGUUUUCUUUUUUAAACCUAUAUUUUGCAGGGCAGGUGUCACAUCUAUAGAACUUAGUGAUAAGUCACAUCAAUGUCAGUGUCUCAAUUUUACACAAUGUUUUCGAUGUUUUCCAUUAAAACCAGUAGCACCAUCUAGUCAUGUUUAGCUUCCUAGUUUAUCACUGUCUGCAAGAUAGUCCACAGUAUUUGAUACAUCAUUCAGCUGUUUUAUACAAUUAUUUGUUCAUCGAUUGAUAAAGAACAGAUUAUUUAUUAUAGCAAAUCAGUGUAUUGAUCGAAUCAGUUUAUUCUGUAAUAAACAUGUAUAAUCAAACCACUUUCAAUAAUCAAAACUUUGCUUAAGCUUUUUUUAGGCUGGUCAGAUUUUACCUGCUGGUCACUGAAGAAAACUUUCGAUUGAGUGACUUGUUCAUUGGAAAAUAUGGUAAUGAAACAACAGCUGUCUUUGUUUUUCUGUUGUUGUUUUUUUCAAAUGUGCCGCAUAAUAUUUUCAACAUGAAGUACUUGUAGUUUACCUGUAAAGUUCACCAGUAUUUAUUGACAACAAUAUGAGAACAUCACAAAAUUGAAACAAAAGUUUAUCAUAAUCAAGCUCACAGACAUUAACAUAAAUCACAGACUUUUGACAUAAAUCACAGACUUUAACAUAAAUCACAGAUUUUAACAUAGGUUGAGAAUCAUCAGUUGUAUCCAUUCUGUCAAGGAGAAAUGCGCGUGCACCAAAGAUAAUACCCAAAAACUUGUACUCUACCUCAUCAGAUGUAGUGACAUCAUCACUUUGUUGGUCAUUAAAGGUAAAACUACUCCACAUUCCUAGUUCUGGUACGCGUGUUAUCCAUUGUUCUCCAGGUUCAGCCCCAACAUUAUAAACAAUUUUUGAAAUACAUUAUUUAGAUAUGGUAUGAAUCAAUUAAAACCAAUACAUUUUGUACAAUGUUGUAUGCUUUUUUCAUAUUUUUUUUUUAAUCAAAAGUUUUAUAAUGUUUGUGUACUUCCAUUGUGAUAAUGACUAAAAUGUUGUAUGAAUGGCGAGUGUAUUUAUAAUGUGUCUUUUGUUUAAGAUGUCAUUUUUUAUCAGAAAUUGUGUUUUACUCCAUUCCAGUAACAUUCCUUAUGUAUUUAUUCAUGUGGGUCGGUGUAGGCAGCAAACUGUGAGACCUGAAUACGAGUAGUGUUCUAACUUUAAAGUUUAAUUUUAAUUUUUAAUCCAUGCUUAUUGUUUGUCCAUCCUUCGUUGAUUAUGAUACUUAUUACUUAUAUAUAUACAAAUGUAGAAAAUACAUUGGUAUAUCCAAACAGUAUAUUGAUUUUUGUAUUGAUAUCCUUAUGACUGUGAACCAAUGUUUGUGUGAUUUUUUAUUUGUUUGUGAUGGGGUGGGAAAGACAUUGUAUGGAUUAAACAUUCAGACAAGUCCUGUGUCUAAUGGGAAGAAUGAUAUGAAAAGUAAUAAAAAGUUACUAAUGUUGA